ACCUCUCCUAAACCUUCUCAUUUCAUUUCCCCUGUUCUUCUUCCUCCCAAUCCUCUCUCUCUCUAUAAAUCUCUCUCUCUAGGAAGUAGGAUGACUCUCAGAGCUGCUGCGGCUUUCUCUCUCUUGAACACUAACGGGGACAAUCUGAGCUCCUUUGUGUCUUCGGCUUCGUCGUUUUCGCCCUCUGUUCAGAGGUUUUCGCGGGCGAAGACCGGAAAUGGGUUCGUUGUUUGUGCAUCCAAGGGCACGAACAGUCGGCCUCUUACUGGUGUCGUGUUCGAGCCCUUUGAAGAGGUGAAGAAGGAGCUUAUGCUCGUACCUACUCUCCCUCAAGCUUCUCUUGCUCGCCAGAAGUAUUCUGACGAUUGCGAGGCCGCAAUCAAUGAACAAAUCAAUGUUGAAUACAAUGUUUCAUAUGUGUAUCAUGCUAUGUAUGCCUAUUUCGAUCGGGACAAUGUUGCUCUCAAGGGACUUGCCAAGUUUUUCAAGGAAUCGAGUGAGGAGGAAAGAGACCAUGCAGAGAAAUUGAUGGAGUAUCAGAACAAACGAGGUGGGAAAGUGAAGCUGCAAUCUAUUCUGAUGCCACUAUCUGAGUUUGAUCAUGCUGAGAAAGGAGAUGCCUUGUACGCAAUGGAACUUACCUUGUCUUUGGAGAAGCUAACCAAUGAAAAGCUCCUGCAUUUGCACGGUGUAGCUGAAAGGAGCAAGGAUGUACAAUUGGCUGAUUUUGUGGAAAGCGAGUAUUUGACUGAGCAGGUGGAAGCCAUUAAGAAGAUCUCAGAAUAUGUUGCUCAGUUGAGGAGAGUUGGCAAAGGACAUGGGGUGUGGCACUUCGAUCAGAUGCUUCUCGAGGAACAGGAAGCUGUUGCAUGAUGGAGGAGUUAAUCGUGUUCCUUUUUAUUGAACUACUUUGGCUAGUGGUGUGUGCCUGUGCGGUGUCUAAUGGUCUUAAAUGUUUGCUUAGUGAUUUUGGGUGUGGUUAGGUGUAAAAGCUAAGCAUACGAUGGAACUAGUUUGAUCAAUUCUAUAACAUAUUGAUUUUCGGUAAA